CGCCGAUUAGUCGUUCUCGAUAGACGGCGGUGAUCCACUGCAUCCCGCUGAGGGACUCUGUGUUGAACAGCGCUCAUUGUUGAGUCAACACUCGCUCUGGCGACAUGCGGUUCCACGUUAGUUUAUUGGUGUCAAUAUGUGUGCUGCGCGCGUCCGCCGACGAGAUCCAUCUGCAGCCCGAGCAGAUACACUUGUCUCUAGGUUCUGACCCGUCCCAGAUGGUUGUUACGUGGUUGACAGUCGAUGAAACCGCAACUCCGAGAGUUCGAUUCGGAGCGGCGGGCAGUGGACCCCCCAAAUUCGAUCGCGAAGAAACAGGCUACUCCACAUUGUAUGUUGAUGGCGGCACGGAGCAGAGGAAGAUGUACAUUCACAGAGCUUUCAUGACAAGUCUUGCGCCUGGUGAGACUUAUUACUAUCACGUUGGGAGCACUGAUGGUUGGAGCUCGAUGUUCUGGUUCAAAGCUCAACGCAAUGACAGCGCCUUCGCACCAACUCUGGCAGUCUAUGGGGAUCUCGGUAACGUCAAUGGUCACUCGAUCCCAUUCCUCCAGGAGGAAACUCAGAGAGGAGUGAUAGACGCCAUUCUUCAUGUCGGGGACCUCGCCUACGACAUGAAUUCCGACAAUGCUCGCGUCGGCGAUGAAUUCAUGCGACAGAUUGAACCGAUAGCUGCAUAUGUCCCGUAUCAGACGUGUCCUGGAAAUCAUGAGAACGCUUAUAACUUCUCCAACUACGAUUACCGCUUCAGUAUGGUGCAGUCGAACGGGGAAAUCAAUAAUCACUACUACAGCUUCAACUACGGGCCCGCUCAUAUCAUCAGUUACUCGACCGAGUUCUACUUCUUCAUUUGGUUCGGAUGGCAUCAGAUUAAGUACCAGUACGAAUGGCUGGAACGAGACCUCAUCGAAGCAACUAAACCGGAGAACCGAGCGAAACAUCCCUGGAUUAUUGUGAUGGGACACAGACCAAUGUACUGUUCGAAUGAUGACGACGACGACUGCCGCUUCAAGGAGAGCAUCGUCCGGAGGGGAAUACCCAUCAUGCACGCAUAUGGGCUCGAGGAUUUAUUUUACAAAUAUGGAGUCGACUUGGAAUUCUCCGCUCAUGAACACUCUUACGAAAGGCUGUGGCCGAUAUAUGACCGCAAGGUUUACAACGGAUCCCUCUCAGCCCCGUACACGAACCCGAAAGCGCCAGUGCAUAUCAUAACAGGAUCGGCUGGUUGUCAAGAAUACGUCGAUCCAUUCGUGAAGAAUCCUGCCGAUUGGAGCGCAUUUCGUAUUUCCGACUACGGCUACACGAGGAUGACCCUCCACAAUGCAACGCAUAUUUCGCUCGAACAGAUGUCUGCGAUCAAAGAGGGCCAGAUUGUUGAUCGGAUAUCGAUAAUUAAGGAUCAUCACGGCCCCUACUCGCCCUGAGAGCAUACAAUGCCAGUCGAAUCGGCAACCCGUCUUGACGCGAAGAUCUCAGGCGCCUAUUCUCCAGAACUGAGCGGAUAUUGUGCGACUUUAAAAUCUAUGCUUCCGAUCAAGCACCAAACGAAUUUUCAAACUUCCGGGUGUUCGCGCUCUUCCAUCUGAUCACUGUGAUGAUCGAGAACUUUCAAUUCAGUCGAGGAUGAGAGGACGCAGAGCAGAGCUUAGGGCAGCUCUACAUCCACCGCCCCCCGCUGAUUGCACCCCCUAGGGGUGGCCAAAAAAUGGUCCGCGGACCAGUGGUGGCUCUCGGCCGUAAUUUCGGUGGUCCGCGGAGCACCCUAAGCGGUUCUCAGAAAAGGAGCCAAUGAUAUCCAGUCGCGGCCCAUGACUUCCGCAGCGGAAACUCCAAUAGCUAGUGCUCAGUAAUUAGACGGCCGAACGUGCCGCAUGAGGUUCAAUAGAGACGAGGCGGCAUUCU